GACGGCCGGGAGGCUGUAAUGGCGGCUGGCGGCAACUCGGCGCUGCUCUGACACCCGGAUACCGCUCGGCGCGGCCCCCCGCCUCCCCGUACCCGGCCCGCCCCCUCCCUCCCGCCCCAGCCAGCGCCGCUCGCCCCCUCCCCGGCCCCUGCUCGAGGCCCCCGCCGCGGGACGAGAAGGAGGGCUCCCCGCAGACAAUGGACGAGCACCCCGGAGCCGGAGGAGGCGGCGGGAUGGCGGCCGCGCCGAGGCCGCAACAGCCCCCGCCGCAGAGCGGGGGUAACGUGAACCUGCAGCCGGGCGGGGGCUGCGCGGGGGCCGGAGCCGGCGGCGGAGGGCAGCAGCAGCCGCAGGGCCCCGCGGCCCCGGGCGGGCAGGAGGCGGCGGGCCCCGCCGAGCUGUCCCGGCCGCAGCACUACACCAUCCCGGGGAUCCUUCACUACAUCCAGCACGAGUGGGCUCGCUUCGAGAUGGAGCGGGCGCACUGGGAGGUGGAGCGGGCCGAGCUGCAGGCUCGGAUAGCAUUUUUACAAGGGGAAAGAAAGGGUCAAGAAAACUUGAAGAAAGAUUUAGUGAGAAGAAUAAAAAUGUUAGAAUAUGCAUUAAAACAAGAAAGGGCAAAAUAUCAUAAAUUGAAGUAUGGCACAGAAUUGAACCAAGGUGACUUGAAAAUGCCAACUUUUGAAUCAGAAGAAACCAAAGAUACGGAGGUUCCUGCAGUACCUCAAAAUAGCCAACUGACCUGGAAGCAAGGCAGGCAGUUACUAAGACAGUAUCUUCAGGAAGUAGGUUAUACAGAUACGAUAUUGGAUGUACGCUCCCAGCGGGUAAGGUCUUUGCUUGGGCUCUCCAAUUCGGAACCAAAUGGUUCAGUAGAGACAAAGAAUUUAGAACAGAUCCUCAAUGGGGGCGAAUCUCCUUCAUCAAAACAAAAGGGACAGGAAAUCAAAAGGAACUCUGGUGAUGUUCUUGAAACAUUUAACUUCUUAGAAAAUGCGGAUGAUAGUGAUGAAGAAGAAGAGAGUGACAUGAUAGAAGAUAUUGCAGAAGGAAAAGAGAAGCACCGGAUAAAUAAGAAACACAAAAUUGGUAAUGAAGGUUUAGCUGCUGACCUUACAGAUGAUCCUGAUACUGAAGAAGCCUUGAAAGAAUUUGAUUUUUUAGUGACAGCUGAAGAUGGUGAGGGAGCUGGAGAAGCCCGAAGUUCUGGAGAUGGAACAGAGUGGGACAAAGAUGACCUGUCCCCAACUGCUGAGGUUUGGGAUGUAGACCAGGGACUAAUAAGUAAACUGAAGGAACAGUACAAGAAGGAACGAAAGGGGAAGAAAGGGGUAAAGAGAGUCAACAGGACAAAACUUCAAGACAUGAUAGCAGAUCUGGGCGAUGAUGAGAUACCCCACAUCCCUUCAGGAAUCAUUAAUCAAUCUAGGUCACCCUCUUCUAGAAUGACUGAUCAUGAAGGUGCAAGAGCAGAGGAAGCUGAGCCAAUAACGUUUCCAUCUGGAGGAGGCAAGUCAUUUAUUAUGGGUUCUGAUGAUGUUUUGUUAAGUGUACUGGGCCUUGGAGACCUUGCAGACUUGACAGUAACAAAUGAUGCAGACUAUAGUUAUGAUCUGCCAGCUAAUAAAGAUGCCUUCCGAAAGACAUGGAACCCUAAGUAUACGCUACGCAGUCAUUUUGAUGGAGUGCGGGCAUUAGCUUUUCAUCCUGUAGAGCCUGUGCUGGUUACAGCCUCUGAGGACCAUACUCUAAAACUCUGGAAUUUGCAGAAAACGGUUCCUGCCAAAAAGAGUGCCUCUUUAGAUGUAGAACCCAUCUACACAUUUAGGGCCCACAUUGGACCUGUAUUGUCAUUGGCAAUUAGUUCUAAUGGAGAACAAUGUUUCAGUGGUGGUAUUGAUGCAACCAUCCAAUGGUGGAACAUGCCAAGCCCUAACGUGGACCCAUAUGACACCUAUGAGCCAAACGUUCUAGCUGGCACACUAGUUGCUCACACAGAUGCAGUCUGGGGUCUUGCUUACAGUGGUGUAAAGAAUCACUUACUAUCUUGCUCAGCAGAUGGCACUAUUAGAUUAUGGAACCCACCAGAAAAAAUGCCCUGUAUUUGCACUUACAAUGGAGAGAAAGAGCAUGGAAUACCUACGUCAGUUGACUUCAUAGGUUGUGAUCCUGCUCAUAUGGUGGCAUCUUUUAACACUGGCAGCACAGUCAUCUAUGAUUUAGAAACAUCUCAGUCAGUGGUAAUGCUUUCAUCCCAAGUAGAAUCUGGUGUACAAUCAAAUAAUCACAUUAACAAGGUAGUAAGUCAUCCCACGCUUCCUGUUACUAUUACAGCUCAUGAAGAUAGACACAUCAAAUUUUUUGACAACAAAACGGGUAAAAUGAUCCAUUCUAUGGUUGCUCACUUGGAUGCUGUCACGAGUCUAGCUGUAGAUCCUAAUGGAAUCUAUUUAAUGUCUGGAAGCCAUGAUUGUUCCAUUAGAUUAUGGAAUUUGGACAGCAAGACAUGUGUGCAAGAAAUAACAGCUCAUAGGAAAAAGCUGGAUGAAUCAAUUUAUGAUGUAGCAUUUCAUCCAUCAAAAGCAUAUAUUGCCAGUGCAGGAGCUGAUGCCCUUGCCAAAGUAUUUGUGUGACACAGCAGAACAAACCUGCAUCAUAACAGCAGGUCUGUUUGGACAAAAAAGAGGGAACGCGUCACUGCCAUCGAUAAGGUUACCAAUAAGACACUACGUCUGAUCUGCCUGAGUGAAGGCUCUUAAGUGGGGCAGGUUUCAGUUGGUGAAAAGUCACCACAUAUUGAACAAUGUCAGGCUCAUUCAUUUAACUGUAAUUACUGUAUUGGGGGGGUGGGGAAAGUAAAAAAGGAAAACCAGUAUUUGUAGCCUUGACUGGAUAUGAACUGAGCGUAUGUCUGUUCUUUAGGUGUCUUUAAGCAAACGUGGAGUCUGAUCUUACAAAAGACUUUUAUUUUGGACUCUGUGUGCUGCCUUAGGGUUAGGAAUGUGGUGCUCUUGUGGGGGGAAGUGAGCUCCAAGAGUAGCUUUCUUUUCAUCUCUUAGUAAUCUUCUGUUUAUCAGUUGAAUGCCACAGAUUCCCCUUUUAAACUUUUAUUUUGCUUUAAAGAAAAGGAAAUUUAACUUAAAAUAUUUUAGCAUUAGUUGCACAAAAUGUUUGGAUAAAAUUCUAGUUUUUAUAAGUCUUUUUAUAUAUUUAGCCUGUCACAACAGUGCUCAAGAUUGUAUUAAUAAUGUUUUUCUGCAUUAUAGAACCCUAAAACACAGAGAACUCACUGACCCGCUGCCGUGUAACCACACUCUUCCCUUCUUUUGCCUAAUACAGCUCAGCUAAGUCCUUGCAUAAGGAUGCUAAUUCUUCAUCAUCACAUAACUGUCUUCAUAAAUAAAGGACUGUAAAAUGUGUUUAAAUGAAACACAGAGGGGUUAACACCCCCCAAUGAACUCUUAAAAAAAAAUAUUAAUCUUGGCAUCCUAUCACUAUGUGAUAUUUUGUACAUCUUACUGUAUUUACGAGUUUAUUUAUCAAGGAUUACCCAUCUUGCUAAUGGCCUAUUGUUAUUUAUUUCACUUUUUGUUGGUCUUUAUAUCCUUUUAUGUAGUGUGUUAAAGGGCCCUGUAUAUCUAUUAUGGCACUCUUUGAACAGUCUAAAAUAGAUAAGAAAAUGGGACAUUUCAUGAUUCUAAAGUUGCAAACCAAGAUAUUUUUUUUUCUUUUGAUUAAGUAUUUGAAGUGGAGUGGAUUCCAAAAACCAAUCUUGUUUCAGAACUUUUGGAGUGAAAAAAUUUUUUUGCGUUUCAAAUAGAAUACAAAAGUAGUUGAUUCAAGAUUCAUAAAUCUGCUGUGUUUUGGCUAGUUAUUCCCUGCUUUUAUUUUAUUUUUGGAUGUGCUUCAGUUUAUGGUGUAACUAAACAUUUUGUUUGUGUAAUGCAUGAUUAAUACAAUAAAGUAUUUUUUCUAGUCUUCCACAAAACUUUUCUGAUCAGUUUGCGAGUUUUGAUGAGUUUUGUAAGGUUUCUGUUUUACAAACUAUGAAUCAGCGAAUUUUUAAGAUUGUACCACAUAGCAGAAGUACAGCUGUUGAAAAAUAAUGUAUAUAAAAUGCAUAUAAUAAAUAUUAAAUGGUGUACCUGUA